CAGGCUCUGAUCCUGCAAUUCGACCCAGCUUCACUCGCUCCAUCUCUGUUACGGAUGAAUCGUCACUGAAAAAGAUGGGGGUUACGACUCUAGACAUUCCAAGCUCUCAGUCCUCCCUCAAGGGUCCUGUGAGAUUAAAAUCAACCCCAGAAUAACACCUGCAAUGACCACUGCCAAUACCACCUUGACAUCUGCCAAAUAUCUCUCCACUUGGACUGUCUCUUCUAGCAAAAACUGGUUGAAAUGAAAACACAAUCGUCACUUUCUGCUCACCAUUCCCUGCAUACCUGUGUUUAAUGCAGAGGAUGACAUUAACAAAAGCACCUUACUAAAGAACGUUAGGUACUAUGUCUAAACAGACUGGAGCGAAACCAUUCAAUUUUCUCCCAGACAAGACAGUCUCUACAAAAUGCAUUCAACCAAUGGUCUAUUCACCAGCCUAUGAACAUGAAUGGAUGCACAUAUUCAUCCGAGCACAGAAUGAAGAUGAAGAGGCUCUAUUGACAUAAUGAAACAUCCAGCAGACAGUGUCGGUGAAACCCCCUCAUAUGGAUCACGGCGAAUGAAAGUGACUAGCCAAAAUAUCUAGUGGCUUACGGGAUAUUGAGACUAACCUUUGACCCUGUAUCAAUACAUUGAUGGAGCAUAAUUGAUUGUUUAGUCGUGCAGCACAUCGUGAGAACUUUAUCAAUAGUACUUUGGGAGAUAAGACUAAAGACAACAGCAGACUGAGCAUUAUGCAUUAUUUGACAUUGAUAUCACAUCCAUCAUCUGUCACUUACAUGCCACAUUCUCUGUUAGUCUCUGUUUUGGUUUGGUUUUUAAGGAUUAAAAGGGAAUUUGGUAUUUUCUGUCAUUUGUUAAAGAAAUAGUUAAACUGACCUUAACUUACAUCUCUGGUUAAGCCAGUUUUGUUGAUUAAGCUGUCCAAGCAAACAAAGUAAUGUUGAAAGUGCCUCAUUGUAUAUUUUUAUAAUAAAUUUACUAAGGAAUGCAUGAAAUUA